UACUUUUAAAUUCAUUUAUGUGACUGCUUAUCAGGAGCAGUAUUAAGGUUUUGUGGAAUGAGCAGAGAUGAAUUUUAUUUGAAGUAGGCUGAAAGGAGAAGGAUAGUCACCCGACUGGAACCCUGGUCUGGAGCUCAAGAAACAAGACAGAAAAUGGUCGGCUGUGGAACGCUGUUGUGAAGACCCCAGAAGAAGUAUCAUUUUUUUCCAGUCAGCUUUCCAUAAUGUAAAUAUAGCUGGAGUUUUCCCCCAAUGGGCAGCUAAACCAUGAACAAGCAGAAAAAAACAUUUUGGACUGUGUUUCUGAACCAGGCUUCACCUUCCAUCCUGGGACCUUAUUAAAGGAUUACAGCUGAAAGAGACCAGAGAAAGAAAACCUUGAACCAGGAAGUUUCUCCUACCAUGAGAAUUACAAGUACGUCUUGUAUCUGCCCAGUCCUAGUUUGUCUCUGUUUUGUGCAGAGGUGCUACGGAGCUGCUCACCAUGGCUCCAUCAAGGUGACUCGAAACCAAACCAAACACGUGGAAGGUGAAACAGAAGUGCAUCAUCGUCCCAAGCGCGGAUGGGUGUGGAAUCAGUUCUUUGUUUUAGAAGAACACAUGGGACCAGAUCCGCAGUAUGUAGGAAAGCUACACUCCAAUUCCGACAAAGGUGAUGGAUCGGUGAAAUACAUCCUUACUGGAGAAGGUGCAGGGACUAUAUUCAUUAUUGAUGACACGACGGGCGACAUCCAUUCGACUAAAAGCCUGGAUCGAGAGCAGAAGACGCACUAUGUGCUUCAUGCCCAAGCUAUUGACAGGCGGACAAACAAGCCACUCGAGCCUGAAUCCGAGUUCAUUAUCAAGGUGCAGGACAUCAACGACAAUGCCCCCAAAUUCACAGAUGGACCAUACAUCGUCACUGUGCCAGAGAUGUCUGAAAUGGGUACAUCUGUACUACAGGUGACAGCCACAGAUGCAGAUGACCCCACGUAUGGAAACAGCGCUCGAGUGGUAUAUAGUAUUCUUCAGGGACAGCCAUAUUUCUCCGUUGACCCUAAAACAGGAGUCAUCAGGACUGCCUUGCACAACAUGGACAGGGAAGCCAGAGAGCACUAUUCCGUUGUCAUUCAAGCCAAAGAUAUGGCUGGGCAGGUCGGAGGGCUGUCGGGAUCGACGACGGUGAAUAUCACGCUCACUGAUGUCAACGACAACCCACCCAGGUUUCCUCAGAAACAUUACCAGCUGUAUGUACCUGAAUCAGCUCAAGUUGGAUCGGCAGUAGGCAAAAUCAAGGCAAAUGAUGCAGACACUGGCUCAAAUGCAGACAUGAAAUACACAAUUAUAAAUGGUGAUGGCUCUGGUGUGUUCUCCAUAUCCACUGACAAAGAAACACGGGAAGGAAUUCUUUCCCUUAAAAAGCCACUCAACUAUGAAAAAAAGAAAUCCUAUACACUUAAUAUAGAAGGAGCAAACACUCAUCUUGAUUUCCGCUUUUCACAUUUGGGACCAUUUAAGGAUGUAACGAUGCUGAAGAUCAUUGUUGGCGAUGUGGAUGAACCUCCGCUCUUCACUAUGCCUUCUUAUGUCAUGGAAGUUUAUGAAAAUGCAAAGAUUGGGACUGCUGUUGGCACCGUAACAGCACAAGAUCCUGACAUAGCCAACAGUUUAGUGAGAUAUUUUGUUGUUCAUAACACAGAAGAAGAUAGGUAUUUCACCAUUGAUGCUAGCACUGGGACCAUCAAGACUGCCAAGAUCUUUGACAGAGAGGAAACACCUUGGUACAACAUCACAGUGGCUGCUUCUGAAAUAGACAACCCGGGGCUAGUGAGCCAUGUUCCAGUUGGCAUUAGAAUCCUGGACGUCAAUGACAACCCCCCAGAGCUCGCCAGAGAGUAUGAGAUAGUUGUCUGUGAGAAUGCAAAGCCUGGUCAGGUAAUUCAGACUAUCAGUGCAACCGACAAGGAUAACUCUGCAAAUGGUGCAAGAUUCCAUUUCUCUCUUGAUGAAGGGCUUUCUAUGAAUCCCAACUUUACUCUAAGGAACAAUGAAGAUAACACAGCCAGUAUCCUGACAAGACGGAGGAGAUACAGUCGAACCACUCAAGAUGUCUAUUACCUCCCAGUUCUGAUUUCUGAUGGUGGGACUCCCACUCUGAGCAGCAGCAGCACUCUCACCAUUAGGGUCUGUGCCUGUGAACAAGAUGGGCGUGUAAGGACUUGCCAUGCUGAAGCUUUCCUCUCCUCUGCUGGCCUCAGCACGGGAGCUCUAAUUGCAAUCCUGCUCUGCGUUGUCAUUCUCCUGGUUUUCUCUCUAGCAAUUGUGGUCCUUUUCAUCACCCUAAGACGCAGCAAGAAGGAGCCCUUGAUCAUUUCAGAAGAAGACGUCCGGGAGAACGUCGUCACGUACGAUGAUGAGGGUGGUGGAGAAGAAGACACUGAAGCAUUUGACAUCACAGCACUGCGAAACCCCUCAGCUGCUGAGGAGCUAAAAUAUCGCAGGGAUAUUCGGCCCGAAGUGAAGCACGUACCCAGGCAUCACCCCUCUUCAAGCCUGGACAGUAUAGAUGUUCAGGAAUUCAUUAAGCAAAGACUGGCAGAGGCAGAUUUGGACCCCAGCGUGCCUCCAUAUGACUCCCUGCAGACUUAUGCCUAUGAGGGUCAUAGAUCAGAAGCUGGCUCUAUCAGCUCCCUAGAUUCAGCCACAACACACUCCGACCAGGAUUAUAAUUACCUUGGAGACUGGGGGCCUGAGUUUAAGAAGCUGGCUGAACUCUAUGGGGAAAUAGAAUCAGAAAGAACAACUUAGUUGUAAUUCCAAGAACAGAGAAGUUCCUCAGCAGCUGGAGAUACAAGAACAGCACCAGUAACAGAAAAUGAAUACAGUACUUGGAACUGAGCAAGUUGUACACAGUUACUGUAGAAACAAGUGCCCUUUUCAUAUUUGAAACUGGGUUCUUCAAUUGGAAGAAAGUCAAAUUUUGAAAAAUACAGAAAAAAUAAGCUAUUGUCCCUUGUGUAUAUUUUUUAAUUGCUCAGUAAAGUCCGUGGUGCCGUAACCGUAACAAAACCUAAAGUAAGCCAAGCAAUGACAUCUUCCUUGCAAUAUGCUUAGCAUCUCAGAGCUACUACAGUAUGUCUUUGGUCAUGUCGGUUUAGGAAAAUAGCUCAUGGAAGAGCAAAUCUGUUGCAAAUGGUUUUGACAUUGCAUUUCUAGCUGUUCUCUAGGCCUUGUUUGAUUGCAGUAUGCGGUAGCCACGCUACCAGUGUGAGAAAUCCAAGCAGUCUGUUCCUUUACAGAAGGGAUAUAUUACAAAUGUCCUCUCAAAUAAACAGUCUAUUGAUAUAGGCCCUUAUUUGCAUCAGUUUGGUCUUACUGAAUUUGCAGGUUGCACUGAGAAUAUGUCAUUUCAUUAUAUUCUUCAUAAUUUCCUCCUUAGCCAGCCAUCGGAGCGAGGGCGUAGGUAGCUGUGUGCAGAGCAAACACGGCUCCAUCGCACAGCCCCAGAGCUGCUCCGUUCCUGAGUGCUGGAGGAACCUCUGUGUCCAGUGUGUGUUUUUUUUCUUUUUGUCCUUUCAUGGGAAUAUCAUUCAUCUCAAUGGCAUGGGUCUGAAGAGGCCUUUAUGCAGCGAGGCAGAUGAAGCACAGGCCCUUUCUAUAAGAACAGCAAUGGCAGCACCAUGUAACUAUGCAGUUGCUUGCCUCGCUGUGCUUCACUGAGGUCAGUAGAUGAUGCUUUUGAAGUCUUUUGCUGCUUUGAAUCCAGAAGCUACCACAGUUAAUUGAUGACCUAGAGUUCAUAAUCCUAAUGUCUCUAUUUCCAUGUGUGACUAAAAGCAAAAUAGAGCUCCUGGUGAGAUACAGGAAAAGAGAUGAUUGAAACAACAUGGAAUUGAAAGUGAUGUUGCUUUUUAAUUUUAAGUUAAUUUGAUUUAGUUCUAUUACUUCCUCCUGAUAUAAUUUCUCUCUAAGCAAUCUUUUUUUUUUCCUCCCUAUUUCAAACCUUAUGGGGGCAGGAAUGUAUUAUAUAUCAAUUGAGGGAGAAAAAAACGAAUGUAGAAGUGUCUACAAGUGUAUUGGAGUGUCUAUUAAUUUGUUCUGUUCAGUAAUUACUUAGCAUCACAGAACUUGUUCCUUAGGCUGCUUAACACCUAUGCUCUGCUUUUUUUAUUUUUACUCUCUGGCCUGGUGUGGAGGAGUAACAGAUAAGUCUAAUCCACUAGAUUCCUCCCUAUUUGUUUAUGGCAGUGCUUUCCUUUAGCUUAGAAAAGAAGGGAGUGCUGCUUUCUCAAGUCAGGAUCUGACCUAUAGUGGGCCACACAAGUGAACCAGAGUUUUAUUUAGUCUUUCCUUCUCUACUAUAGCGGGUAGGGACCAGGACCACGUGCAAGAUAUGUCUAGAAUGUUUCAUCAGCCCAUUUAAAAUGAAUCAUGCAUUGAGGAUUUUUAUUUUUUAAGGACUCUCUGUGAUUUUGUUCAUUCCUUUUGGUUUAUAGAGCUUGCUGAAAAGAAGCAGAUAGCUUUGAAAACUUUUCAAAAUCUAAAAAUAGUAUUUGUUGCACUGUAUUUGCAGAGGUUUUUUGUACCACAGUUUUUUCAUUGUUUCUUUUUUUCUUUUUCCAAAUGAAACAAAUGAAUUUGUGCAAAACAUUGAUGUAACACAAAAUAAUAUACAACUUUAAUAACAAAAGAAUUGCAAGCUUUGGGAACUUCGACAUUUAAAAAUGUUAAUGUUUCCUUUUCUGUCAUCAUCCUUUUAUUAAGGUGAUUUAGAGGGUAUGAACGUCCAAAUCCUAAAGUGUUCUUCUGCUGAUGUGAAGGUAUCUUAAUAAUCUGUGCUAUUCUCUCUUUGUUUGAAUUACCAAAAAGACAAAUCUUCCUAGGAAUGCAUUUAAGGAAAUAUUCUCAUUAUAGAGAAAGGUUUAACAGAGAAGCGUCUGUUAAUGCAGUGAGAAUUUCGCACAAACUGAGAACGGUGAAUGUAUGUGAAUGUUUUUUGGGGUAGAAUUAGUGUGUUCUGGCCCAAAUGAAGCAACUAAUAGUGCAGAAUUUUGUGAGGAGAAAUUUCCUUCUUCUUGAGAUCGCACUUGCUUUACGCCAGCAUCUCAAUUUUUAUGCAGUAUGAAUACAGUGAUGAGGUGAGAAUAUUGACAAUUGCAACAUUUCAAAUACCGUGGACCCUAAUACUUUGUACUGCAUAUGAUGAAGCUGCAGUCAUAUUGUUGUUCGGAGACCCAGACACUAGUUAUAUUUAUGUCUCUCACCCCACUCCUACACCCAAGUGAGCAAGAUCAACUGUAUUUUGUGCUUCAAGCAGUAUUUCAGGCAUUCUCUGCUUUUUGUUUGCAUCAUAGAGCAGCCAGGAGAAGGAAAGUGCAGUGACAAAGCAAAUGCUCACUUCUUAGGCUCAUGUUCUGAUUAAGUUAAUGAGGGAAGGGGAGGUCAUAUUUCAUAGAAAUAAGGAUCCCCCAUCCCUCACAUGUCGCGUCCGCUACCUGCUGCCCAGCACAACACGGCCCUGGGCAGUCGGCGUCAUUGCCGAGACCCCGCGUUGCUCAUGCUGUGAUCUGUCCUGUUUGGUAUGUCCUACCCACCGUGAAGGCCAGAUGUGCUUUUCUGUCACGAUAGGUAUCUGCAUGCUUGCUAUGCUUACUGUCUCUUACUCAACUAUGCAUCACAGUGCCGUGUUGUUUGCAUGACCAGUACCAGAAUUUUGAAUCUUCAGGGCCACAGCAAAAGGCCUCACAUUGCAGAACAACAGGUUUGCAGAUUUCUCUCCCCGAUCCUACAAAAUUUACCUUUGUUCCUUCUUGUCCUAGAAACAAAUCUAAAGUAUUCUCAAGAAUUUCUAUGUCAACAUUGAUUGAACAUAACUAGCACUGUGUUUCAUGGAAGCCACAUUCAUUUUGUUGCACUGUCGAUUUAAACAAAGUGUACAUUCAGUGAAAGUAUUGUGGGAAAAUUGUUUCUAGUUUAUGGUUAAAUCUGACUGUAUGGACUUUGCUAAAAGUUUUCAUGGGUCUUUUGUAUGCUCACAUUCUCUAAUAUUUUUCUCUUAGCCUAUAUAGUAAUCCUGUUGCCACUUACCAACUAAAUGCUGAAAACUGCCAGUUUUCCUUAAACCAGAAGAUGGUGAAUAAAGUUAAAUGUCACAUAGAAGGGAUGCUUAAGGGCUUUCUAAUUUCCAGUAUUAUUCCUCCAGCAGCAACUAAUAAUACGAUUACACAUAAUGAAUUGCUCACAAUAUCUCAAACAAGCCCCCUUUUUUUUUGCAAUGGCAAGGGCACACAAGUCCUCUGAGAAAAUGGUCUAAGAAUGAAAAGUAAAGGUAUAUUGGGAGCCUAAAAAAAUCAAAAAACAUGAUACCCCUAAAAAUCAAUGAAGAGUUUGACUUCCAGUGCUAUUAGAUUAAGAUCCAUACAUUGAAAAGUUGUUUAUUGGCAUUGCCAGGUAUUACAUACGUACAGAAAACUAUGUAAAUGUUGAACAUAAUUUCACUGUUAUGCACUUUAUUUUUUGAUUUUUUUUUUUUGGAAAAUGAAAAUAACUGUAAACAUUCUUAUCUGCAAAUUCUAUUUCAUGCAGUUGUUUUUAAGUUGCAAAUGCUAUAAGAAAAAUUAUUUGUGAAAAUAUCCUCAUUGACAUUUAAACGGAAUUACAACAUUUCUGUGAUCUUAGGCUUUGUACAAUUUAGAAAUAUCUAAAUGUUGGACCA